AUACUUCUUCUCUCUAUUAUAUCCCUUUCUGGGCUCCCUAAGAGAAAGAAAAAAACCCUCUCUUUCAAAAGAAGUUUCAAUUUUUCCAUCUGGGUUUUGUGUUUCAUUCUUGUUUCUCUUCAACUUCUUAGUUUUUCUUUUGUGGGGUUUUCCCGGUUUUUACUUUUGAUGUAAUUUUUCUCUAAUAUUUAAUAUAGUGUGUUAUAUAUAUAUAUACCCUAACUCUACUUGGCAAUUUGUUCUUUGGAGAUCCAUAUCCAAAUUCAUGGAUGAUUUUGCUUCAUCAUCUUCUAGAUUUCAUCAUCAUGACUACAACAACAACAAAGACAGAAGAAUCCGAGAUUUUGAUGACGAACAACAACAACGGAAACAACAACAAGAUCAAGAAAUGGAAGAAGAAUCUUGUAACAACAACAGCAGCAACAACAAUAAUUGUUCUAUUUUUGUAGAGAAAGAGCAUAUGUUUGACAAAGUUGUAACGCCAAGCGAUGUGGGGAAACUAAACCGUUUAGUUAUCCCAAAACAACAUGCUGAAAAAUACUUCCCACUUGAUUCUUCAUCAAACGAAAAAGGUCUUCUCUUAAACUUUGAAGAUCGUUGCGGUAAACUAUGGCGGUUUCGUUACUCUUACUGGACUAGUAGCCAAAGCUAUGUCAUGACUAAAGGUUGGAGCCGCUUUGUCAAAGACAAAAGGCUCGAUGCUGGUGAUAUUGUUUCUUUUCAAAGACCCCUUCAUCGUAAUCAAGAUCGUUUUUUUAUCGAUUGGCGACGCCGUCCUCCGCACCCGGCUGUCGACAUGCCUUUUCAUUUCCACCGCCAUGACGGUGGCACCAGUGCCGCCCAAUUUCCUCCUCCUCCUCCUCAUCAUCACCAUUUUCAGCUUCAUAGCCAGUGGAAUAAUAACCCAGUGGCCACACCCUUAUCUUUACAAAGGGACCACGUCCUCCACUUGCCACAGUAUAAUAAUAAUGUCAGUUUAUUUCAUAAUACAUAUAAUCAUCAUCAUCAUCAUCAUAAUCGUUAUCUUGACGGUUCGUAUGGUGGAGCAUCGGUUUUUUACCAUUUGAGAUCCCCAAUCGCACCACCGCAGAUAGAGUCGGUGCCAGUAGUAGUGGAUGGAAAUGGUGGUAAUGGUACUGGUGGUGGUAGUGGAAUUGGAAGAACGUCUGCGGCUAAGACGACGUUGAGGCUUUUUGGUGUUGACAUGGAAUGUGAAGUAUCUGAUGAUGAGUGUGACGUAGCAACAACUUCGAAGACAAUGACGUCGUCGUCGCAAUUUCAUGUUUAUAAUGGAAUGCCGAUGCCGAUGCUGACGCCGAUGACGAUGCAGAUGCCCACGAGCAAUGAUAAUAUAUCAACUAUGGAGUUCUUUGAGAAAGGGAAGUCGUCGAUGUCGUCAAUGUCGUCUUUUGAUUUUGGUACUUGACAAACUGAAUCCACACCUCCAAAGAAAAAACAAAGCUUCUUGGACAAAUGAAGACGAAUAUCGAACAGUUAUUUUUGGAUUAAACUUCAGCAACAAGAGUUCAUAGAGCAUGUGGUGAUUGCUGUCUCUAAUUCCUUGGACAAAUUGUAAAGCCCAUGCAGAGGUUUUGACAGAUAAAGUGUUGCUGAGAGAUGGCCUUUUAAACAGUUUUUGGAUAUAUAUAUAUGUGUAUAUAUAUAUAUAUAUAUAUAUAAAUCUGGCAGUGGGAGCAAAAUUAAUUCCCCCAUUUUCGUUAUGUUUGAUGAGAAUAUAUCACACUCAGAAGAAGCCAAGUUGGUGUUGGAUAUUAUAGGUUUUGAGAGAUCUUUCCCAAGGUUUCCUUGUGAUUAUGAAACUCUUGGUUUUACCUCUUCUAUAAGUUGAUAUAAUAUUUAAUAAAUAAAUGAUGGAUACUUUUAGUUGAAAAGUUGAAUAAAAGCAUAAACUGUUCUUUUCUUUAGAAGAAGAAGAAGAAGAAGAAGAAGAAGAAGAAGAAGAAGAAGAAGAAGAAGAAGAAGAAGAAUAUUCCAAAGUUAUUAAACAUUGGAUUAAAUAUAUCAUUUGUCUUCUUUUUCUUUCUUCCUUUAUCUAAUCUCUACUUGAGUGAGAGAGAGGGGUAGAGCUAAAUAUACAAUAAACAUUCUUUGUAAAAGUACUUGUAAAAAAUCGAAGCAUAAUGAGUGAGAAAAGAGUAUUAUUGAAA